AUGGAUCAAGGAGGAGCGUCCAAAACGUACCAGCGGCGAAAUCCAACCCUUCUCCUAUUUUACACGUUGGCUUACACAAGGGUAGAGAUGUACGGCAAAGGUUAUGGCAUGCCUUCGUCGCAUUCGCAAUUCGUGGCGUACUUCUCAGUUUCCCUUAGCCUCUUCCUGCUCAUGCGAUAUGUGCCUAGCCCCUCCACAACCCACUCACCAGCAACUUUCACUGAGCGACUGCUGCUAUCAUGUGUAGCAUGUUUGUGUGCUGCGGCUGUUGCUGUCAGUCGACUAUACCUCAAUUAUCAUACGCCCAAGCAAGUGAUGGUCGGAUGCGCGGCUGGUGCCUUGUCUGCUGUCGCAUGGUUCCUGGUGACCACAUAUCUUCGACGUUACGGCUGGGUGGAAUGGGCGUUAGACACACAGCUGGCUGAGAUGCUCAGGAUUCGAGAUCUGGUCGUCACCGAAGAUCUGGUUGAUGCAGGAUGGGGUAGAUGGCAAGAAAGAAAAAGGGAUAAGCGCCGAAGGAAUAGGGACUGUCUAGAAAAAAGUCAAUGA